AGUCUUUUUCUGCCCGCAUCGUCCCGCCGUCUCGUUCGACGUCCAGCCUCACGGUGCAGCUGUCACUCGUAAGGACCAAAAUUCGCUUCAUCAACACCUGUUCCUUUAUAUCCAACUUCUUUUUCUGCCAUCUCAUGCCAACUGUGACCAUAACUCAACGCGUGAAUGCUAUUCUCACGGAUGCACAACAUCUUCUUGGGGCGGCCGAUAUCCUUGAAGAGGAAUCUGACUCAGAGGAAGAUGUGGAGGACUUGGAGGACAACGAAGAAGUGGCAGUUUUGUGAUGGGCACUUGGUGCAAGAUGGUUGGAGAUGGCAUGUACACUUUGUGGUGAUGGUAGAAGGGGUCCAUAUUUCCAGUUUCCGAAGUAAAAAGACUUUCUUGAGUGCUUGCUGCAACUUCCUGACCGCCAGUUCCGCUCUGUUUUCCGGUAUCGUACUAGUUAUACUUUUUUCUUACCUCACUUUGAUUUUUGAUUACAGAGUCAGCCAUGAUAUGUUCGACACUCUUGUCAAGCUUCUCGCUCCGAACCCAUUGUUCCAGUCGAAGGGCCGAAAACCUCAGCGCCAUCUCAAGCACCAACUUGGCACAUUCCUAAUAUGUUACGGUCAACUGGCUUCACCAAUACAAGAUACUGCACUGAAGGUCGCAAUCGGUGCAGGCACCGUUGUUUUAUACUGCAGGCGUGUAACACGAGCAAUCAGAGAGUUACGUUUGAAGUUCGGUGGUUGGGUUGAGUGAGGAGGAGGUUUAUUAGCUGCCACUGCUGCAAGUAGAUCAAGUGGAUUCUUCUAGCUGUCAAUUAGUCUUAUUUAUAUCACAUUAUAAAACGGGGAAUACUAUAGUGAUAUAGAGACUUAAAGACUUAUAGAUUAUGUUUUCUAAGGAGCGCA